AAAAAAAAACACCACUAACUCUCCUUGCCAUCUCGACCGGUGUAAAAAAAUUGCGAUACGCAGCAUAAAUUACAGGAAAGAUGCCACCUAAGAAGCAUGAUGAACCCGAACGCAAACCGUUGAUCGGUCGCAUUGGCACCAAUCUCCGCAUUGGCAUUGUGGGCGUGCCCAAUGUGGGCAAGUCAACGUUCUUCAAUGUGCUAACCGAGAGUGCUGCGCCCGCUGAGAAUUUCCCCUUCUGCACCAUUAAGCCCAAUGAGAGUCGCGUUCCUGUGCCCGAUGAGCGUUUCGAUUUCCUUGUAGACUUCCACAAGCCGGCCAGCGUUGUGCCCGCCUAUCUCAAUGUUGUGGAUAUUGCCGGUCUGGUCAAGGGCGCUGCCGAGGGACAAGGUCUGGGCAAUGAUUUUCUCUCGCACAUCAGUGCGUGCGAUAGCAUUUUCCAUUUGUGUCGUGCCUUUGAGGAUCCUGAUGUAACUCAUGUCGAAGGCGAAGUGGAUCCAGUGCGUGAUCUGGAAAUUAUUUCCGAAGAGCUGCGUCUGAAGGAUGAGGAGAAACUGAUUCAGGCGCUGGACAAGCUGGAAAAGGUGGUCGCUCGUGGUGGUGACAAGAAACUCAAGCCCGAAUAUGAUUCUAUGCUGAAGAUCAAGGAAAUUUUGAUGGAACAGAAGCGUCAGUUGCGUUUUGAGGACUGGAAUGCACAUGAUAUUGAGGCAUUGAACAAGUAUUUGUUCCUGACAUCCAAGCCUGUCAUAUAUCUAGUCAAUCUGUCCGAUAAGGAUUUCAUACGCAAGAAGAACAAGUGGCUGCCGAAGAUCAAGGAGUGGAUUGAUAAGAACGAUCCGGGUGCAGUGCUUAUUCCCUUCUCUGGUGCCUUUGAGCAGCAGUUGAGCGAAAAGAAUGAACUGGAGCGCAAGGCCUACGAAGAGGAAACCAAAUGCAAAAGUCAGCUGGAGAAGAUCAUUGUCACUGGCUACAAGGCGCUGCAAUUGGAAUACUUCUUCACCGCUGGUGCCGAUGAGGUCAAGGCCUGGACCAUACUGAAGGGCACCAAGGCGCCAGCGGCCGCCGGACGCAUACACACAGAUUUUGAGAAAGGCUUCAUCAUGGCCGAAGUGAUGCACUUUGAGGACUUCAAGGCCGAGGGCAGCGAAGUGGCCGCUAAGGCCGCUGGCAAAUAUCGCCAACAGGGACGCAAUUACACCGUCGAGGAUGGUGACAUCAUAUUCUUUAAAUUCAAUGCCGGCGCUGGUCUUAAGGAUGCCAAGAAGAAAUGAUAUCGCCUUGUGGCCUUUGUUACCAUGUUCAGCAUAAUGUAUAUUAAUCUAAUUUUAUACUCGCAACUGUUUCGAUACGCUUAAAAGCGUCUUGACCAAUGAUCCACACGCAAGUUGUAAUCGGUGCCGAGAGGCCUAAAUGCAUUUUGAAUUUUAUAACGCUA